AUGGUUCUUUUCCCGGUGCUAAUUAAUAUUCCACCUCCUAUGCUAGUGGAUGAUACGGCUGAUCGAUCAUACUGGAAGGAUCAUGGCGGUAAUCUUCAACAUUUCCACUCUUCCCAAGCUUGGGAUUCUCUUCGGGUGAGGAAUGAUAAGGUCGAUUGGGUUGAUGCGGUGUGGUUUAGCCAGUGUAUUCCUAGACAUUCGUUUCAUGUUUGGCUUGUCAUUCGGAAUAAACUGAAGACGCAGGACAGGAUGUCCAUUGGGGAAGCGGGUAGUGCUACUAAUCUUGCACUCAUGUGUUGUCCGUUAUGCGCUUAUGAUCGAGAUUCUAGGGAUCAUCUUUUCUUUCAAUGUGCCUAUGCUUCUGAGGUUUGGAAGACAGUUAGAGAUUGGGUUGAUAUGGGGAAUGUCAAUAAUACUUGGGAUUCCGUUAUGGGCUGGUUGGUGAAUAGUGCUAACACAAGACAUCUUGGUGGUGUUGUAUGCAAGAUUCUGGUUGGGGCGGCUACCUAUUACAUUUGGCAAGAACGAAAUAACAGGCUUUUUUCGAGACUUCAGCGGUCACCGGAUAUCCUUUCGCAAGUCAUUCUUAGCUCGGUUAGGUUGAAGUUAAUGGGUUUCAGAAUUAUGAAGCAUCCGGAUCACAUGAAGAUUAUGGACCGAUGGCAGAUUUCGAAGAAGAACUUAACGGAGGACCCGGGCUAA